CGGGGGCUUCAGGUGAUGAGGUUUACUAUUGAGGAGAUCAACAACUCCAGCACCCUCCUGCCUAACAUAACCCUUGGUUACCAUAUCAUUGAUCACUGCACCGAUACUCACAAUUUCCCGGACAUCCUCCAUUUAUUCUCUGCUAACGGCUCUGCGAAAGUCAUGCAGAUUUUUAACCACCACCACUCUCAAGUUAUCAGCUUCAUUGGUGCCUUCAGUAGCACUGAAACUAUAACUCUGGCUCCAAUGUUCAUGACGGACCUGAUUCCAAUGGUCAGUUAUGGAGCCAGCAGUUCUACUCUCAGUGAUAAACUGGUGUAUCCAUCCUUCAUAAGGACCACGCCUAGCAAUAAAAAUCAGAUUGAACUCAUCAUUCACAUCAUUAAGCAUUUUGGUUGGAACUGGGUGGCGUUCAUUGGCUCCAAAUCUGAAUACAGUGAGAAUGGCUUUCAGAUGUUUUUUGAAAUGAUUAAAAACACAAACAUCUGCCUGGGUUACCAAGAGCUACUCGACGACAUAACAGAGUUGAACACAACAUUUCAUAGAAUAGACACACUCCAGAUUAAUGUCAUCAUCCUUUUCAUUGAGGAACUCUUUGCUCAGAAAAUUAUCACCUCCUCAGUACAACUAAAUGUUCCCAAUAAAGUCUGGAUUGCUAGUGAUUCCUGGUCCAUGAGCAACCACUUGCUCAGACUCCAGGGAAUACAAACAAUCGGCACUAUUAUUGGUGUGACACCAAAAGUUGUGCCUCUACCUGGCUUUAAUGAGUUCAUUUACCAGUCACAACACAGAGCUGAUUCUGUCCAUAGCGCUGAAGACUUCUGCAACCAGGCCUGUGAUAACUGUUCCUCAGUCACCCCAGAGGAUGUCAUCAAUGAAAACCCCAGCUACAAUUUCCCUAUUUAUUCUGCUGUGUACACCAUUGCGAUGGCUUUACACAACGUUCUACAGUGCAACCACUCAGGAUGCAACUACAGUUGCACAGUCUACCCCUACAUGCUUCUACAGGAAAUCAAACACUUGCAGUUCCACCUGAAUGAGUUUUUCAUAUAUUUUGACAAGAAUUUGGACCCACCUGCACGUUACUCUAUUGUGUUCUGGCACACCAGUAAUCACUCUGUAAAGAUUAAGCAGAUUGGCACAUACAGCAACUAUCCUGUGUCAAAUCUGACUAUUUUCGACACACAUCUACAUUGGCAUGACAGUGGACUGGUGCCAUUCUCCAACUGCUCUGCUGAGUGUAAGCCAGGACAUGUGCGGCAGAAGAAUGGUCUUCAUCAAUGCUGUUUCAUUUGUGUGGAAUGCCCCAGCAACAAAUAUGCCAACCAUACAGCUGACCUCUACUCUUGUCUGAAGUGUGACCAGUAUGAGUGGUCUGAGGCUGGAAGCACGUCAUGCCAGACACGUUCCAUGGAAUACCUCCGUUUCUCUGAUAGCUACUCCAUUGUCCUCAUGGUCUUUGCAUCCUCCUUCAUGCUCCUGUGUCUGGGGGUGGCCGUGCUGUUUGCCAUGCACCGCUCCACGCCUGUAGUGCGGUCAGCAGGGGGCAGUACGUGCUUCCUGAUGCUGGGCUGCCUCGCCGCUUCCGCCACCAGUGCCUUCUUCUACUUCAGCGAGAUGUCAAUCUUCAGCUGCAUAACUAGAGACUUAGUAUUUGUCUUCUUCUACACCGUGUGCUUGUCCUGCCUUUUUAUCCGCUCCUUCCAGAUCAUCUGCAUUUUCAAGAUGGCCACCCACCUGCCCAAAGUGCACGCAUGGUGGGUGAAGCACAACGGCCAGUGGUUGGUGGUGGCUGCCCUCUCUCACCUCCAGCUCCUGCUCUGUACCGUCUGGAUGGCCACCAGUCCCCCUUUGCCAGGAGAGGACACAUCAUUCAAAGACCAGAUUGUCCUGAAAUGUAAUGCCAAAUCAUCUCAUGUCAUCUCAUAUGUCCCUCUCAGUUUCAUGGUAAUCCUCAGUGGUCUCUGUUUCUGCUUCUCAUACAUGGGAACAGACCUGCCCAAGAACUAUAAUGAGGCCAAAGCCAUCACUUUCAGCAUGUUGCUGUUUUAUCUGAGCGGGGCCAUUUUCCUUACAGCUGACCUGAUAUCUAGCACCAAGUAUGUGCAGGUGGUGAAGAUCGUGGUUAAGCUGACCUGUUUGUAUGGCAUUAUGUUCAGUUACUUCAUCCCGAAGUCUUUUAUCAUUGUCUUUCAGCCUGCAAAGAACACACAGGAGUAUUUCCAAGCCAGCAUUCAGAGUUACACACAAACUAUAAGUAAAAUGUAG